GUUCACACAGAUUGAUUAGAUGGGCUGUGUCUGCAUGAAGCAGCGGCUUCAAUGUGACAACGCAGAUGUUCUUGCUGCUCAAACAUGUUUUAAGAUAACUGAUAUUAAAACUCUGUAUGAGUUGUUCAGGAAGCUAAGCAGUUCUAUAGUUGAUGAUGGGCAUAUAAGCAAAGAAGAGUUUCAGCUAGGUUUAUUCAGGAACAGCAAAAAACAAAGUCUCUUUGCAGAUAGGAUCUUCUAUAUGUUUGACUCGAAACAUGACGGGGUAAUAGAAUUUGAAGAGUUUAUUCGAUGUCUAAGUGUUUUCCACCCAGAAGCACCCCAAGCAGAAAAAGCUGCAUUUGCAUUUCAGUUAUACGAUAUAUGGCAGACGGGCUUCAUCGAACGUGAAGAGUGUUUGAAGGUGAAAGAGAUGGUUUUGGCGCUUCUGAAGGAGUCAGACUUGAUCCUCUCUGAUGACAUUGUGGAAGCCAUUAUUGAUAAGACAUUUGAGGAAGCAGAUUUAAAUGGAGACGGAAAGAUUGAUCUGGAAGAGUGGAGGGAACUCGUGGAUCGAAAUCCGUCCUUAUUGAAGAACAUGACAGUUCCAUACCUGAAGGAUAUCACAAGUGCUUUUCCUAGUUUUGUGCUGAGACGAGACAUUGAAGAUGAAACUAGCAACUACCUCUAAAUUGGAUCUCAUUGCAUAAACCAGAAAAACACAAAAUUACAAUGCACUUUUAGUUGCCAACAGACGUCAGCCAACAAUUUGGCAAUGUCACCUCUAUAGUGAAAUGUAACAUCAAAUUCACAAUCUCAGUCAUGUUUCCAAGCAGGGGUGACAUGCUUGCAUGAUACGCUUUAGUCUUCUCCGUCAAAUCUCUGUUUAUAUAGCAAACAACUAUUU